AUGCAACGUAUUCACGGCUGGCUGGACCAGCUAACCCUGCGUCGCUCACGUCGACGCGGACAGAAUCAGAAAGAACGUCGAAAUGCUAGUGUGGCUCCCAGUUGUCGUCUGAAUUCUGAAAAAAGCACCACAACAUCAUUGACUCAAGCACGUCCUAAGAAGUUGGUUGCUGUAAACGUUCCUUUCAUCUUCCCGCCACCACCAACUGAGCCACCAGCCUGUAUGACAUCAUCUUGUACGAGAAGACGAGGUAUUCGAACAAAUCCUUGGCUUUAUAUGGAUCAGAAUCAGUCAAUGAACGAUUCUUAUACAAGUGCAUCAACGGCAUUCUCUUUGGAUCGUCGUCGUCCACCUCCACCUACACUAGGUGUUAAAAGCCUUGAGGAAAGCAUUUGCUCUUCCGGUUAUGGAAGUCAAGACUGCAGUCCGGACUCGUCUAUUCACUUACCAUCAUGGAACAGUACUGGUGGAAGUCCAAGGAAUACAUGGCAAACCUCAAGUCCAAAUCCUUCACUAAACCAAAAUGAUGGAAUGGAUGAUGGAUGUUUCUUAGAGGAUACGUCUUCCUUUGGAACGUAUGAUAACAUAUGUGAUGAGCAUAUCUAUCAUGAACUUGAGAUGAUCUGUCGUAGACCCGACCGUUCAUACAGCUCAGACUGCUUAUCAUCAUCAGAACAGGAAUCACCGUUACCCAGCAGGGAGUCUCCUAUCUAUGCACAGCCCUGGGUGCAUUAUCCUUCAUUCCGGCCACCCUUUCCUAAACCUACCUCACAUGCUCCGGUCUCUCUCACAUCAACUUUCAAACCUCCCGGCCUACAAUCAUUUAAACAAACAAAUAAUCAGUUAAACAGCUUUGGAGUGAUGCAAUCAGCAGCUCCAAGACGGAUGCUGCCAUGUCGACCUACGUCACCAAUUUACGCAACACCGUACAUAGGUCCUAUGGCCAGACCAUAUGUAGAAGAAUUUGGAGAGAAAGCAAACAGCUUCAUAUAUCCUAAGAACUAUUACAACUGUUUGGACAGUGCACCACAUCCAACAGACGGUCCAAGGAAUAUGGAAGAAGCAGAAGAGGAAUUCUUGGAAGAACUUGAUGCCCAAAUCAAUGAGCUACAGCAACGAUCAGAUGAAUUACGACAUCUGGUAGAGAGGGCUCGUGUUCGUCGAGGAACUAAUCACAGCACCAAAUGGUCACGUCCAGUGCUGGAAUGUACAUUUGAAUUGGAAUUAUGA